GCAAGUCAGUAGUCACAUAAACAUGACAUCAGUAUGCAUGUGUGGAAUGAUCUUAUUUUUCAAGGCCAAAUAACGUAAACAAAAUAGUAAAAUAAUAUAUUACAAGUUGACUAAGUAUAUUUUACAUGAAAUAAUAGCAAUUACCAGAUUGUAAAUUAUAAAAAAAGAGUUUAAAAAUAAUUUAAAAAUCAUGGAUGUUGCUGUGAUUGGAAGGUGUUUCAGCAUGUGUCCUGAAAAAGAACGUAUUAUGAGAGAACGUGAAGGACUUCUACAUGUUUUGGAAAUUGAUGAAAAAACAAAAAACCAAAAAAGACCAAAAUGUGAUCCAUCUAAAAUUGUAAAAUGUUAUAGUAGACCAAGUGCUGGAAUGUUCAUGACUGAUCCAAAUCAACUGAGACCUGGACCAGUUCUUAUGGUGACACUUAGAUAUUUAUUAUCAACGGUAGUAACACGAACUGAUGUUAAAUGGUCACGAAUUUAUGAAUUUGUAUUUGAUAGAAUACGAGCAAUAAGACAAGACAUUGUCAUCCAGAUGCUUGACAUACCAACGAGUAUUCGUCUUUUUGAGCCAAUUGUUAAAUUCUAUAUUUAUUCAAAUGAAAGAUUAUGUGAAAAAAGUUUAAAUGAAUUUGUUCCAAAAUUCAACAAUGAACAUCUUCUUGAGUGUAUAAAACAAUUGUUAGUUAUGUAUGAUGAAUAUGAACAAUAUAAUGUUGAUAAAUCAUCAAUGGAAAAUAACUGCAGAACAACAAUUGAAGUGUUAUAUAUUUUACUACACUUGGGUGAUCAAGUUGCUCUGAGAAGAGGUUUAAAUUUACCAAAAAAAUACAGAGAAGAACCAUACAUUAAAAAGGCACUUAAAAUAUCUCUUGCAUGUCACGUGAAAAAUUACGCAAGAGUAUGUCGUGAAAUUAGAAAAUUACCAUCACUAUUUAGCAUCGCAGCUAUCAGAAAUUUGCAAUACAUUAGAAGAGAUACUUUUGAAAUUAUGAGCUGUUCUUAUAAUAGUCAAAAACAAACAUUUUCUGCUUAUAAAUUAAAGGAAAUUUUAUUAUACGAAGACUUGGGAAACUUAAAAAGAGAUUGUGAUUUAUUUGGUUUUAAUUUUAACAAUGGAAAUGUUGCAUUUGAAAAUAAAAAAUUCAAUAGAAAUAUUUUAAAUGCUCAUCCAGAACAACAUAUACCAGAUGAAACUCUUCACAGUUUUUUACCAGCCAUACUUUUAUCAAAUGAAAAUUUGUUAUUAAACGAAAAAAACAAAAAAUUUACAGUGAAAAAAAUCUAAUUAAUUGUAAAACUUUUUAUACUAAUUAUUAUUGGGAAUCACUUGAUGAGCUGCUUGAUGAAUCUGUUGACAUAACUUCAACAUCUUCAUUUUCCUGUUUAUGAGUAUUAAUGGCAACACUUUGUCCACCCAUUGACAUAUGGAUUUCCCCAGAAGGAUGCCAAGCAAACUGGUUUGCUGAUGACAUAAGUGGUUCUGUUAACAAAAAAGAAAUAAAUAAAAUUGAGUGAAUAAAAAAAAAAACAAACAAAAAAGCAAUAUAAACAUUUCAAGGAUAAACAA